AUGUGUCAACACCCUCUGACGGACGAAUCUUUGACCAAACCACCGAGAAUUUUGACGGACUUCUUGCAGAGUCUCAUGAUUGGUUGUGAUCACGAAAACCGUGGCUGCCCAGAGGUCGUCAAGCUCGAAUUUCUUGAGCGACAUGUCAACAGCUGUGGUUAUUCACCAACGCGUUGUACAAACGCUGGUUGUGCAGAAGCGAUGAACCGACACGAGAAAGAACGACACGAACGUGAACAAUGUCAGUUUCGUAAGAUCGCUUGCGACGAGUGUGGAGAACAAGUAAUAUGGAAGUCAAGUCGUGUACACCCGUGCUUCAUGCGAAAACAUAUGGACAAUUUAGAGAGAAGAUUGAACAUUGUUCAGAAUAAUGUCAGGGAAGUCAACGAUGAAGUAAAGCAAGUGAAGCUGACUCAAAAUGAAAUGGAAUAUCUCGCAAAAGAAGCGAUCGAAAGAUGCGAUUUAUUUACCGGCAGACAAAAGAUUUUCGUUUGUGGAGGGCGUAAUGAGAAUCGCCUUAAUUCCGUAGAGUCAUACAGCUGGCCAGAGAAUUCCUGGACAUUGGAACCAGCAAUGAAGCAGGUACGAUCAUCUGCUUCAGCAUUUGUCCAUGGUUGUGAAAUAUAUGUCAGUGGCGGAUGGAAUGGAUCAAGGCCACUGACAGCAUCGAAAGUUUGAAUGUUGACGAGAAACAGGUAGAAUGGGAAGAGCCUCCUGUUAAGUUGCCAUUGAAGUGUGAUUCACACAAAAUGGUUUGUCACGAGAAUAGUGCGAUUUUAACUGGUGGACUUACUGCUGGUGAUUAUGUUUCAGAUGGGAUUUAUGAAAUCAGUCUAGAUCCUCCACAUAACUCAAAACUAUUGACCCAGAUGCCAGAACCAAGAUGUUUCCAUGGUUGUGAGAUCGUGGACAACCAGGUGAUGGUGGCUGGAGGACAGACAUCAAACUGCCACAGAGACGCUAAAAACACUGUGUACGCAUAUGACAUUAAGAAUAAUGAAUGCAAAACCUUACCACCACUGCCAUUUGCUAUUUCUGAUAUGGCUACUGUCAGUUAUAAAGGUCAUGUAAUUUUGAUCGGAGGUGUUAAUGAGAAAGCUCAAACAUUAAACAGUGUAGUAAUGUAUGAUGUAAAAACAGGAGACAUUAAAAUGUUACCUUGCCUUAAUCAUAAAAGAGCAGGAAGUGCAGCAGUUAUCACUGGCAAUGUUAUCAUUGUUGUGGGCGGAUAUGAUUAUGGAACUGAAAGAUUUCUCAAUGCUGUCGAGUAUUUAGAUUUAAGUACCAAUGUAUGGUGA